AUAAAUAUAUCAAAAGAAAAAUUAUUUAAAAAAAAUUAUCAAUUAUAUUAUAAUAAUAAUAAUAAUAAUUAUUUAUUUCAACGUCAAAUUAAUUUACAAUAUAGACAAAAUAAACGAAAAAUUCUAUAUGAACAUAUUCAAAAAGAAAAUUUAAAAUUUAGUCAAAAAUUAAUUAAUGCAAAAACUUGUCUUAAUCGUUAUGAACAAAAAUUAUUUUUUGAUAAACAUUGUAAACUUAAACAACAAUUACAACGUUAUCCAGUAUCAAUACGAAUUAAAACAAAAAAAACAAAUUUACAAUUUUCAUCUAAUGAAAAUUUCAAAAUUAUUAAUAAACCUGUAAAUUCAUCAGUUUUUAUCUAUAAUAAUAAUAAUAAUAAUCGAUUAUCUCAUAAAUCAAUUAAAUUACAAGAAAAACAUUCAAAAAUGAAUAAUCAAAUAUUUAUUACAAAAAAUUCAUUAUCUAAUAUAAAUAAACCUCAAAUAACUCAAGAGAAACUUGCUCAUUCUAUAAAAACUAAUUCAAAAUUUUCAAAAACACUUCUACCUAUUACAUCAAUUAUUCAAAAUACAAAACAAACAUCGAAUGUUACAAUUCCUGAAACAAAUCUAUUGAAAAAUGAAUCAUCAUUCACUUCAUCUACGGAUAAUAUCAUUAAUUGGAACAUUUCAAUUAAUACUGAAGAUCUCAAACAACAAAUAUCAUCGUUAAAAAUACAAUCUUCUAAAACUAUAUAUUCAUCUCAAUCUUCAUCAUCAGAAUCAAAUUUAUCCAAUCUGUAA